AUGUCAAGCUCGAAUAAGCGCGCCGCGGAGGCUGCGCCCGAAGCCAAGAAGAAGAGAAGAAAGACCAAAUUUUUACACGACGAUGAGGCUCUUGAUAUGGAGCUUGGCCUCAACACACUGUUCAAUCGUAUGGACAAUCAGCUGAUUGCAGAUUACCUGGCACAAAAGCUUGGGCGAUUCGGAAGCGACCUCAGCUCUGUUGAGCUCUCAGACCUGACCGUAUCCGCCAACUCAAUACAAGAUACAACCUCAUGGCAGGAAGACAGAACGCUCGACAAUCUACCGAAUUUCCUCGGAAAAUUUUCAGAGGGCGAGGAAAGCCUCAUGAAAGCCCCGAAGAAGAAGGGCUCGCCACGCACGCUCAUCGUUGCUGGUGCUGGCUUGAGGGCGGCCGAUAUUGUCAGGGCUGUGCGAAAGUUCUCGAGCAAGAGUAACGCCGUGGCGAAGCUGUUCGCCAAGCACAUCAAAGUAGACGAGCAGAUCAAGUUUCUCAAAGAAAAAAGGACCGGAAUUGGCGUCGGUACGCCCGCCCGUCUGAUGGAGUUGAUCGACAAUGGCGCCUUGUCAUUGGAUCAUCUGCAAAGACUGGUCGUGGACGCCUCGCACAUCGACAAGAAGAAGAGAGGCAUCAUGGACGUCAAGGAUACCAUGAUGCCCCUUGCCCGGCUUUUGACUCGUCCGGAAUUCAAGGAGCGUUACGGAGCCGACAAGAAGCCCUUGGCGUUGCUCUUCUACUAG